AUGCCUGGAGCUCAUUUCGAAGCACCUUUAGUUGUUGAUAAUCGAGAUGGAUGGGGACCAACAGAUGACACAUUUCAAUAUAAAGAUAUGCCAUAUCAACCUUACUCAAAAAGCGAUCAAUUAGGCAAAGUCGCUGAUUGGACAGGUACAGUCUAUGGGGACAAACGAAACAACAAUCGAUAUCGAUCACAGUAUGGUGUUGGGGUGGGCAUGUAUCAGUAUAUUCACGAAGAUGAUGAAAAUACGUUUCAAUUGGUCGAUUCCACACGUUUACCUAAACCGGCCUAUCAAAAACGAUCUCGUUUUCAACAGAAUCGUUUCCGUCAACAACAACCGCAAGGUGGUCGCUUUCCGACAAUGCAAAAGAAUCUCACUGGUCCACAGAAAAAGUCGAAGACAAUGAAAAACUUAGAAAUGGAUCAAAUGCGUCAAAUGCGUAAGUGGCAGAAACAAUAUGGAAAUCGUGCUGAUCCACGUUUACAUCAACAAGCGAAACAACGUGAACCAUCCGUACGUAUUCGCGAAGAUUGGCAAGUUAUUGAAGAAAUCCCAUUUGCUACUUUAACAAAAUUCAGUUUACCAAGUAUAAAUGAACCUGAAGAAUUGAGUGUUUGGGGUUCGCUCGAGUAUUAUGAUAAACGAUACGAUCGAAUCACCACGAAAACGGAGAAAAAGUUAGCGAUGGUCAAUCGUUUAAUUCAUCGAAUUACAACGACAAAAGAUCCAGUCAUUCGCCAAAUCUGCAAAACACAUGGUAAUGUUUUCGCAACGGAUGUCAUCAUUUCAACAUUGAUGUGUUGUACCAGAUCUGUUUAUCCAUGGGAUAUUGUCGUUGAUAAAUUAGGCUCACGUUUAUUUUUUGACAAGCGAGAAGAGUCAACGCUUGAUUUGUUGACUGUGAAUGAAACCGCCAAUGAACCACCACCAGAAGAUGGUACAAUGGAUUCAGCAAAGAAUCUGGAAUUAGAAGCUGUUUUUAUCAAUCAUACGUUCGCUCAACAAGUUCUUAGAAUGAAUGAGGAACGAUACAAAUUUCCGAAUCCCAAUCCAUUUAUUCAACCCGAUGAAGAAAGCGAAGAAGCUUCAGUUGCCUAUCGCUAUCGUUCAUGGGAUUUAGGUAAUAAUCUCAAGAUAGUUAUCCGUUGUGAACAAGAUUGCGUUCAAAUCGGACCGAAUGGAGAGGAACAAUUUGUUAACAUCAAAGCAUUGAAUGAAUGGAAUCCAAAGGUUGGUAGUGGUCUCGAUUGGAGAACGAAAUUGGAUAUGCAACGAGGUGCAGUUUUGGCCGCUGAAUUGCGUAACAAUGGAUUUAAAUUAGCUAAAUGGACAACUUGCGCGAUUUUGGCUGGGUCAGAUCAAAUGAAAUUCGGUUAUGUAUCGCGACAAAACUUCAAAGACGCAUCUCGUCACACAAUUCUCGGUAUGCAAAAUUUUAAACCACAAGAAUUCGCAACACAAAUGGCCCUCAAUAUGGACAAUGGAUGGGGUAUUGUUCGAGUUUUAGUUGAUUUCUUUAUGAAUAAACCCGAUGGACGAUACUUGAUCACAAAAGAUCCAAUGAAGCCAACUCUUCGAAUCUACAGUGUACCUGACAGUUCCUUCGACAGCGAGGAUGAAUCAAGCGAUGAUGAGAAUGAUCCUCAACAAAAUGAAAACUAA